GCAGGAGCCAUCCCUGCACAGCGAUGACGGAGUACAAGCUGGUGGUGGUGGGCGCAGGCGGUGUGGGGAAAAGCGCACUGACUAUCCAACUCAUCCAAAACCACUUUGUCGACGAGUACGACCCCACCAUCGAGGACUCGUACCGGAAGCAGGUGGUCAUAGAUGGGGAAACGUGCCUGCUGGACAUUCUGGACACGGCAGGCCAGGAGGAGUACAGUGCCAUGCGGGACCAGUACAUGCGCACAGGGGAGGGCUUCCUGUGUGUGUUUGCCAUCAACAACACCAAGUCCUUUGAGGACGUUCACCAGUACAGGGAGCAGAUCAAGCGGGUGAAGGACUCAGAUGACGUGCCCAUGGUGCUGGUGGGCAACAAGUGUGACCUGCCCGCCCGCACAGUGGAGUCACGGCAGGCCCAGGACCUGGCCCGCAGCUACAGCCUGCCCUACAUUGAGACCUCAGCCAAGACCCGCCAGGGUGUGGAGGAUGCCUUCUACACGCUGGUUCGGGAGAUACGGCAGCACAAACUGCGGAAGCUGAACCCCCCUGAUGAGAGCGGCCCCGGCUGCAUGAACUGCAAGUGCGUGCUCUCUUGACGCCACGGCGGCGUGAGGUGAGCGAGGCCAGCCAGCGGGGCGCAGCUGCCACUUGCGGGUGGCUGGUCAGCAGCGGCCUUGUCCCUGCCUGGCACAGGUGCAGACCUGGAGGUGCAGGGAGACAGUGCAGCACGGGAGGACGCAUGGAAGGAAGGAGGUCCCACCGGGCCCCGCCAGCCCAGGACAGUGUACAGAGGUGGCUAUGGCCCUCCCAUGGACGCUUUGCACGGACUGUCAGGAGCCGAGCCCACCACCUCUCUUCCCCUGCCCCUCGGGUGUAGGUGGUAUCACAGUAAAUUAUUGGAUGGUGUUGACCUGGA